AUGUUAGAAGAUCAAAUAGCUAUUUACGACCCCAACUACUAUAUCGCUAGGAACAAAGCAUUCGGCGCACUUAGCGAAGCAACUGGAGUCCAAAAAAGCUACCAAGUAAAGCGACGGACAGGCUGGAGGAAAGUUGGGCAUCAGGCACAGACCUUUGUUAAGAAAUUUGCCGACUUCAUGGGUGUGUACUCAGGUAUCAUUUCAUUGUUGAAGGGGGCUGGAGGGAUAUAUGGCGAAGUUGCGUACGAGACACUGUCUAUCCUCUUCAUUGUUGUUGUCAACAAGAGCGCCAAUGAUAGCAAAAUCGGGGAUCUUCUUUUUGAACUACGAAGGUCUUUUCCGAAGCUCGACGACUGGACAAGUAUCUAUCCCACAUCUAACAUGAAGAUGCUGGUGACGGAGGUGUAUAAGCAGGUCAUUGAAUUUGCUCGGGAUGCUUCACUCUACUACACACAGUUCAUAACUCGUCUCUGGAUGGCCAUCGGCAACCCACCCGUCAGAGGCAUCGAUAAAAUUGCGACACGGAUUCACCAAAAGCUUGCCGAAGUCUCCUCUGAGGCCACCAUGCUGCUUCACAGGCGCAACCAAAGUAUCCAAGGCACCGUAGAGAAUAACAACGCCCGGCUCAAGACCGUUGAACGUCAGAAUGAUGUGCUCCUCGACGCCUACGAGCGGAUAAAGGAGAACUAUGAGCGAUUUCGGCGCGAGGUAGAAGCGGAGCGAGAAGACCAAGACACUCAACGACUCCAACACUUCAAAGAAAAGCUAGAGCUACCGUUCAACGCCCCAGCGUCUACCUCCCUCCAAGCCUAUGCCUCGAUUCUCCAACGUGCAUUCCCUUUCGCUUCGUCUGUGAAUCCGUCCCCAUCUUCCUCUUUCCGUCAAAAAAGUCCAAGCUACCAGUACAUGACCUCUUCCCACCUAUCGUCUCUCCCCUGUUUUGCCGCCUGGACUGCAUCCCAAACAUCUUGUCUUCUCCUCCUUGGUGGCAAAACACGACCAGAAGCGCGGUCUAACAUUGGAUACACUCACUCCUGGCUGUCACCGGCCACGAUCGAUGUCGCAACGAGAAUGAAGGACCGAGGUGCGAGGGUAGCGUUCUACGGAUGCCAUGCAGGGGUGCGGGCUGAUGCCGACGGUGCGCACGGCGCGAGGCAGAUGGUGAGUGCGUUGCUGGGGCAGGUAGUGGAGUGGCAUCCGCAAGUUUUAAGGACAAGGAUGGUACAGUGGGAGAGAUUGGUAGACGGGAAGGAGUGGAAAGGAAAAAAGGAGCUGGAAGAUAUGGAAAGAGAAAGGGAGAGGGAAAGAGAAUCCGAAAGCGAGCAGCUGAGGACUUGGUUUAACCUUCUGAAGGAGGCUUUGAGUGCUCUGCGAGAGGAUUACGGACAUACAUAUGGGAAUAUGGAAGAAGAAAAGAAAAAAGUAAAGGAGAUUGGAAAUGUCCCGCAAGCCAAAAGCGAUAUGGAUAAAGUUGUGUAUUUAGUACUAGACCGUAUAGAUCUAGUACAGUGUUCGAUGAACUACUUUAUUAAAGAGUUGGUGGGGUUGGUCAGGGACGAAGGCUGCUUGAUCAAAGUGUUUGUUGUUAUGGAUACUGGGCGGUGGGUUUGGGAUACAGAUAGUUUCAAAGGAGAGGAGAGGGUUAUUGCAAUGCCAGAUUUGGACCAGAAAAGAGUUGGGCUUGGGAAGAUGCCAAAAGUACCGCAGUCAAGCUCGAUAUAA